GUAUUUCCUAAUUUCUUCCUUAAUUUUUCUUGAAGUUAAUAAUAAAGUAUGUAGGUAAGUACCUGUAAUAAUAUAUGGAUGAUAAGAUUGUAAAAAAAUGUUCUCUCAGGUCGUUGUACUAUUAUUUUAUACUUCAUUUACAAGUCAUUUAAAUUAAUUAAAAAUUGAGUUCAUUCUCUUUGACAUUUUUACAUAGUGCAUACAAUAUAUUACAUAUAUUCAAGGAUUCCGAGAAGCCUAGAAAAAAUACUUCCUAAAAAAGUGGUUGUCUGGUGAAAAAAUUGCAGGGCGAAAGAUUUCUUAUAAGAUUUGUUUCGAAUCUCAUCUCAUUAUGCCUUUCUUUAAAAUAACACACUACAUAUACCAUCUUCACACUGACAAUGAGUUUUAAAAAAAUUUGCUUGACCCUUUGAUUGGAGUUUUUAUGCACCUAUCGUAUUGGGUAAUUUUUAACGAUUUCAUCAACAUUUCUUUGGACACAUUUUUAAUACAUCAUAAUAACAAUUUAGCUCAGCUCUUUUUGAUAAGGAAAAGAAGAAAGUCAAGAUCACAGAUACAUAUAUGAACAAUUUAAAAAAGGUAUAUCUGAAGGAAUAUAAAAUAUAUAAAAAAGGCAUUUCUUGGAGGAAGUUUAUUAAGUUUCUCUGAUAAUUUAAUACACCUAGACCUCGGCAAACAAUCCCCCCUUGAUCGCAUGUUGAUCUUCUCGUAUUCCCCCACCACUUCAACCGCAUGUUUUUGUUCAGAAAACAUCGAAACCGCCACAAUUCAGCAAUCUCUCGAGAAGGCAUAUAAAAGAGACUACCUUUACUUGCCAAAGAGUUAGUUGGGAACUAAUAACUAUGCUGUGAAUGGUGUAUAGAACUACAGUGAUUUACUCUAACUAGCACAGCAAGUGAGAAAAUAAAUUACAAAUAUAAUUGAGAACUGUAUUUUAGUUUAUAUUUUAAGGUGAAGUGAAUUAAGUGAGAUGCGUCUUAUAAAGAGUUUUACUGCUGUGAAGCAGAUCUUUGCAUUGGGAAUUUUACUAUCAACAUUUAAUUUUAAAGUUUUCUCUUCAUUUGCACAGAAUAUACACCGAAGAUUCCCACCUGACUUUGUAUGGGGUGUUGGAAGUUCAUCAUAUCAAAUUGAAGGAGGAUGGAAUGAAGGUGGUAAAGGAGAAUCCAUCUGGGAUCGUUUAACUCAUGAAUAUCCAGAGAAGAUAGUUGAUCAGAGUAAUGGUGAUAUCACUUCAGAUAGUUUUCAUCAGUGGCGAAGAGACGUUGAAAUGGUGAAGGAAAUGGGAGUUCAUGUGUAUCGAUUCUCUCUUUCUUGGACACGAAUAUUACCAACUGGAAUCAUUAAUAAUGUUAAUAAGGCCGGCAUCCGAUAUUACAGCGAUCUCAUAGAUGAACUCAUACGUGCUAAUGUUACUCCAAUGGUGACUCUCUAUCAUUGGGACCUUCCUCAAAGAUUACAGGAGAUGGGUGGUUGGACAAAUCCUGAAAUGAUUUCGUAUUUUGAGGAUUAUGCAAGAGUUGCUUUUGAGCAGUUCGGUGAUCGAGUUAAAAUAUGGACAACGUUCAAUGAACCAUGGCACGUUUGUGAGCAAGCAUAUGGGCAAGAUUAUAUGGCACCUUCUUAUGAUUUCCCAGGAAUUCCUAGUUACUUAUGUGGUCAUAAUCUCCUGAAAGCUCACGCGGAGGCGGUACAUCUUUACAGGAAUCGAUUCUUGCCAACUCAAAAUGGAAAGAUUGGAAUUACAGUAGACACGUCAUGGCAGGAACCUAAAACGGACAGCGACGAGGACAAGGAGGCUUCUGAAAUGGGAAUGCAAUUUUACAUUGGCUGGUUUUGCCAUCCAAUAUUCUCGAACAAUGGAAACUACCCUCAAUUGAUGAUAGAUCGUAUAGAUGCUUUAAGUAAGCAACAAGGUUUUCCCAGAUCUCGCUUACCGAAAUUUACACCAGAAGAAAUAGACAGAAUCAAGGGUACAUCCGACUUUUUCGGCAUCAACACCUAUACCACAGUCCUUGUGCAGAAAAAUGACAGAAACAACACCAUUGGUCAUAGGGUUCCUUCAUUUCAGCACGACAUGAACACAGUGGAAAGUAAAGAUCCUGUAUGGCCUAGAGGUGCUUCUGUAUGGCUUCAUGUUGUACCAUUUGGUAUGUACAAAUUACUCAAUUGGAUCCGCAAAGAAUACGACAAUCCCCCGGUCUAUGUGACAGAGAAUGGCUAUUCAGACUAUGGAGGUACUAAGGAUAUUGGUCGGGUCAAUUAUUAUAAUUCUUACCUCGAAGCAGUUCUUGAUGCUAUUGAAGAUGGAUGCAAUGUUAAGGGAUACAUAGCUUGGAGUCUUAUGGAUAGCUAUGAAUGGAAAGCUGGUUUUACAGAGAAAUUUGGACUUUAUCAUGUCGAUUUUAAGAAUCCGAAUAGAACAAGAGUGCAAAAGACGUCCGCCAAAGUUUUUGCAAGGAUUAUAAGAACAAACAAAAUUGAUUGGGAUUAUCAGCCAGAACCCGAAGUUUUUAUCCCAUCAAGUGGCAAUAGAAAUUUAUGCCAAGUAUCCUAUACGCUAUCCUUGGUCUUAUUUUUUGUUGCUUUAUUAGUUCGAUAAGAGAAAAUUUUGUGAUAUCGAAAUAAAAGUUUUUUUUAAAUUAAAAA